AUGAUUAAAAAUAUUUCUAAAGUCAAGACACUAGAAGAAUCAGAAAAACUUCUAAAAAGGAUCUACAGUAGCCAUUCAUUAUUUAGCUCAGAAAUUAGAUUGAGUUUGGAAGUGGCGAUAAGAGCAUCUGCAGAAAAAAUUCUUGAUACAUUUUAUUGGGAAAGGAAUGUAUCAGAGAGUCAUAUAAGCCAUGGAAUGUUCUUAGACUUAUUUGUAAAUUUAUUUUAUGAUGGAAUGAAAUAUUUAGUAGAUGACCAAAAAAAAAGAGAUUUAGAAUGUUUAGUAAUAGAACAUGGAAAAUUUGAAGCAGUAAUUGAUAAUGGAAAAGCAUUAAGUGAUAGAGGCCUACCACCAGCUGGUGAAAGAAAUUGUGAUAUUCAUUUUGUGAUACCAUUUAUGGAAAUUAUACAUAUAGAAGCUGAAUAUCAUUAUGUUGAUUUAAUAUCUUCUGCUUCUGUAGCAUAUCAAAAGAGAUUUGGAAGGGUUGGACGACACAGUGAUUAUAUUUUUGGGCGUGAAUUUGGAAAUGUGGAAAAUUCAGGUCCUGAUACAAAAGAUCAUUAUGACAAAUCCACAACAGAUUUUUUAAGAGUAAUAAAAGUAGCUCAUGAUCAAAAUUCUGCUCUUCUGCAAGUUGUAAAUUUGGCAGCUGGUGGUUCAAUGGAUGCUAAUUUACAAUUAAUAGUCAACAAAAUAUCACUUAUUGGCAUUUGUAUUGUAGGUUAUACUAUAAGGGUGUAUGUUGUAUUUUAUCUUGGUAACGGGGUAUGGAUUUCAGAUGAGGAAGUCAUUAACAAUGCAAAAAAAAUAUUUUCAGCAGCUAUUACUUAUGCUUGUAAUAACAGGGAACUUCGAAAAAGUGCAGUGUUAACUCUGAAACAUGUAACUGAUCAUGAUAUAAUUGAUGAAAUUCCUAUACCAACAAAAAAACCUUGGGUAUAG